AUGCCGGCAACGCCGUUCCGUGUCGAGGCCUGGGCGGAAUAUGCCAUUGGCACGGUCAUUCUCCUCGCGCGCAUCGCCUGUCGAAGUUCGACGGUCGGGCUGAACUGGGAGGACGAUGAUUACUUUGCCUUGACAGCUGUUAUUCUCUGGACUGCCGACUUGUGUAUGCUCGAGAUGAUAGGCCAAUACGGCACAAUCACCGGCCUCAACGACGAAACGGCCCUCGCCCUGACACCCGAAGAAAGGAGACGGCUCGUCAUCGGCAGCAAAUGCCUCUUUGCCGGCAUCGCCCUCUACGUGACCAUGAUCUGGUGCUUGAAGACGUGCAUGCUCUUUCUCUUUCGCAGACUGACACUCGAUACGCGGCAGCAACGGCUUGUCCAUGUCACCGCGCUGGUCUGCCUUGCGGGAUAUGUGUCGACUAUUGUAGUCAUGUUGACAAAGUGUCUGCCUGUGCGCAAGAACUGGCAGGUUUAUCCCUACCCAGGAGACGCCUGCGCCUUGAACAUUCCCAAUUACCUGGCACUCGUCGUCACCAACGUAACGACCGACCUGAUGAUACUGUCUAUCCCGCUCUCUCUGCUCUGGAGAGUACAGAUGCCCCUGUUGCGAAAAACUGUUUGCGGCUUGUGGCUCUGUAUGGGAGUCUUUAUCAUCAUUGCGUCGAUUCUACGAUGCGUCCUCUCCUUGCAAGACGUAGAAUCGUUCAAUCUCGGGACUAUCUGGUCCAUCCGCGAGACUUUCGUCGCCAUCAUCGCCGUAAACGCGCCCAUCCUCGGCCCCUGGAUGACAAAGAGAGCCACCGCCGUGGUAACACGAGGCGCAAAAAGCAGCCUCUCAAAGCCAGAGCUCGUCACGAUUGGACGCAAGAGUAGUCGUCGCCUGGAGCGGCUGGUCAAGGACGGACGAGCGCAUGGGAUUGGCCGGACGACGAUGGAUGGUGGGAGUGAGGAAUAUCUUGUUGGACAGGAGGCAGACACCGGGAGUCGAGAUGUCGAGCUGGGGUAG